CUCCUCUUUUCUCCGCCCGCCAGCUUGUGCGAUGACAACGUCUCGCUUUUCUUUUUCUUGCUGGUGUGACUAUUCGGGGCACCUUUGCUGGCCCGUGAGCGGAGGGGCGAGCUCUCCUGGGGCUGUGAGGAACGCGCUCCGGCCGUGCGGGCUGCCCGCCCCCACCGCGGGACGCGGCUCCGUGAGGCGGGACGGGCGCGCCGCCGCACCCUCCCGGGCACUCGGGACUCGGCUCCCGGGGAGAGGGACGCAGCCCCCGCCGAGUCGGGCAGCGCCGGGGCGAUGUUUCCCCUGUGGAAGGCCGUUCUCUCGGAGAGUGUCCUGGGCUACAUUUCUUGGUCUCUUUACCAUGCAUUGCCACCAAUGAUCUACUACUUCCCCCUUCAGACAUUGGCACUCACAGGCCUAGAAGUUUUUGCCAUUGCGUUCUUUUCUCCAGUAUUCUUGACAAUUGGCCCUUUUUGGMGGCUGGCUAACAAUAAGUAUGUCCUAGCCUUUCUGAGAUUGACUAUGGUUGGAAGCUUAGCAUCAUACCAAGCACCAAAUGCUUCAAUUAGACUACUCAUCUUGGCUGYUGGUGUUUCUUCUUCAUUGCUGGUUCAAACAGUAACAUGGUGGUCAGGAAACAGUUUGCAAAGGUUCAUCAGGAUAUGGGGCUUCAUGCUAGGCAAGAUAAUGCUCCUUGUUCUUCGUAUCUGGUAUACAUCACUUAAUCCAGUCUGGAGCUCACAAGCUGCCAAUACUGUCAUACUGGUAAUUGGUUUUGUGGCAGCAGUGGAGCAAAUUUAUUCAGGUGGASACAAGAGGAAACAAGAAACAAAUGAAACUGUUAAUGUCGUUAGAGAGACUGCUUCGCAUCCUCGUUGGUUUUUAUCUGGGAUUGCUUUUGGCAGCCUCAUGUUUCUCACUCUGUGGAUAUUUGGGGAAGUUUCAUUAAUUUCUAGAUGGGCAGUAAGUGGACAUCCACAUACAGGUCCAGAUCCUAAUCCAUAUGGAGGUACAGUUCUGUUGGGUCUUGCUCAUGGACUGAUGCUUUCAUUUUGGAGCUGGUCUUCUGUCAUCAGUUUUGCCUGGUUUUUCAUAGGUCUAGCAUCUUCAGCUGGUCUCCUUUAUUUACACACCUGGAGUGCUGCUGUUGCAGGCACCAUUCUUGCUGUCUUUACUAUGUGUGUGUGGCCUCAGCUGGCUGGACGCUUUGUCAGCUGUCUGCAUCCUGGGAAAGCCAUGAGUACAGCCAUGUUUACAUAUGUUCUUGAAUUAUUCUUCUGUGUAUGGUGUACAGCUUACAAGUUUGUACCUGGAGGAGUUUACAUUAGAGAGAGCUCCCAUCUUCUUUUAGGUUUUAUAAUGUUAUGUAUUGGGAUAGACUUUCUAACAGGACCCAAGAAAGACCUUAGCUCUUUCUUUGAAGUGAAGAGCAAUCAAAAACCACUCUUCAAAAAGAGUAAAAACUAUAUUAAACUAUUAUUGUGGUUGUUUGUUGGUGUUGGUUUGCUUGGAUUGGGCCAACGUUAUAAAACUUACCAGAAGAAGCUGGGACAAGGGGUUCCAAAAAGAGAUUUUUCUGCUAUGAUCUGGCCUUUUAGGUUUGGUUAUGACAAUGAAGGAUGGUCUAAUUUGGAAGGAUCAGCUAAUUUGCUUAAUCAGACAGAAGCAGAUUUUAUCACUAUUAUAGAGAGCGAUGCCUCUAAGCCRUUCAUUGGAAACCAUGAUCCAGCAAUGUGGCUAGGAGAAAGACUAGGAUUUUACACAGAUUUUGGUCCAAGCACAAGAGAUCACACUUGGGGGAUCAUGGCACUGUCAAGGUAUCCAAUUGUAAAAUCGACCCAUCACCUCCUUCCAUCUCCAGAGGGAGAGAUUGCACCUGCCAUCUCCCUGACUGUCAACUUCACAGGGAAGCUGGUUGAUUUUGUUGUUGCUCACUUUGGAAAUGAAGAAGAGGAUCUGGACAGAAAACUCCAAGCAAUAGCUGUUUCAAAUCUAUUGAAAACUAGUUCUAAGCAAGUUGUAUUUCUAGGUUACAUCACUUCAGCUCCUGGAUCCAGAGACUAUACUGAAUUAAUACAAAAUGGAAAUGUCCAGGAUAUUGACAAUACAGAUCGUGACAGAUGGUGUAGCUAUAUUAUGUAUCGUGGAGUAAUAAGGCUGGGUUAUGCCCGCAUAUCUCACGCUGGUUUAAGUGAUUCAGAAGUCCAGAUGGCCAAAUUUAGAAUCCCSGAUCACGUGGAUAGUUAUGUUGACAAUGACAGAAUUGUCACUGAUCCCAGCCAAGUUCCUGAAGACAUCCAUUUCAAUCCCAGGUUUGGAUCUUAUAAAGAUGGACAUAAUUAUGUGCCUAUUCAUCACUUUCAUAUGAGCACUCCUAAAUAUUUUAAGCGGACAAAUUAGAGCAAGAAAAUAAAAUAUUUUUGGGAUCAACAAGAAAGGUUUGUUGCUUGAAAYGGAAUUGGCAGCCAAAAGACUACCUUGUUUAAGGAUGAGCAAAUCCCAUGCUGCAAAACACUGUGAAUGUCUGUGUAAUAGUUGGUGAYUCUCUUCUUUAAUGAGCUGCCAUCACUGUGAGGAGGGAAGAGCAUGCAUUUUGAUAAACUGGUAUCUAUCUUGGCCAGAUACCUGCUUUAUAUGCAGCAAAGCAAAGGUGGGAACUUGCUUUGGUAACAACUUCUUCAGCUUUUGUGGAGGUAUCAUGCAUGGUGCUGUUUCUGAGUUGAAUGUGUCUAUGUACCUUUUUCUAAGGGUCAAGAUAUGACCCCUUUCCUCUUUUAUGAGUUAUUUGAACUAUUAUGARUAAGAAAUUUCAGCAGACUCCCACUUUUUUGAUGACUGAGGGAAAGCAAAAUAAUGUGGUAUUGCAGGUAACCUGUUGAUAUUUGCUGCACUUUGCAGAUCUGCUGCUGUUGCAAUAAAAAUCUAGGCCUCAGGUUUUUCAAAAUAGGAGUGGAACUAGUGUAUUUUUUAACUGAGAGAUACGCACUAAGUAUGUGUUUGAAGUGUGUGCAUUUUCAACUCAAACAGUAUUUUAAAUCUGCUGCUAUUGUACAUUUUAUUCUUAAAUGAGUUUUAUUAGAACAAUUUGCAGAUGAUUGAUGUUCACAGCACUGGAGAAAAAGAGGUGACUUUUACAGACUUCCUUUUAUUAACUGGACAUUAGACACUGCAAUGCUUUUAUGAAGGGAAGAGUAGAGUGCCUCUGAAGAGUUAUGGUUAUGAGACACUUCCAUGAACACACUGCUGAAGAGUUAAAAACAAUCAUGCUCAACAUAACAAGAUUUCUGAGAAGGGAGAAAAGUUGGUUGUAACUUUUAUUUAAAAUGAACUGUAAUAAAGAAAAAAAAAUAGCAGCUUUGUUCCUUUGCUAGCAUUACACUUUAUUAGCCCUAAGUAAUUAAGUCUUUUUUUUUUACCUAGGCAGUGAAUUCCCUAUUAUGUAAUGUACGUGUGACACAAUGUAAAAUGUUGUGUCUUCUUGGGUCUCUUGGCAACAUCUUUUAUAUUUAGCUCCUGAUCCUUCAGUAUAAGUGCAGAGCUUCCCUUAAACAAUGAGGACAUGUUCAGUGUUGUCCAAAGCAUGCUUCCUGCUUUUGAGAAACAUAUUAGAUAAUUUAAGUGACCCACUGAAUUUGGAAACCAAAUUUGUGAUGUUGGUUAUUUAGUAUUAUGUGUUUUUCUAGUAAUACCUAAGCAUAUCAUAACUGAAAGGAAUARGAUAUGUUGCAGGAAAGAGGAUGAAUUUUUUUUUCUCUGUCUAAUUUUUCACCAUAUGCCUUUGAGAACAGCUUGAGCAUACUCAGUUUUAUUGUUUCGCUAUGUGAGCAAAUACAGGAUGCAUUUUUACCCAGCUUUCUUUUUCUAUGGAGUCAGGUAAUUGCUACCAGCAUCAAACUUGUCACUUUAUUCUGGUCACGUAUCAUUUUGCCCCCWUGUUUUUAGAACUGUGUUUCUGAGAGUGAAGCUGUUCAUUUAAUCUUUGUGGACAGAGGAUAUCUGAAAGGCAUUUAAAAGUUUCAGUGGUUUUGUGUUCAUYAUCUCAGAUUUAACUGACAAUUUACCAGCCAUUGUUGAACUAAUUUCUCACCUAUGAGUGCUGUUUGUCUUUACAAGCCCUGUGAACUUGUUCUCUGUGUGACUUUCCAGCAUGACAGGAUAAAUUACAUUUCAGAGUGACCAAGGUGAUUUCCUUGAACUUUUAGCAGUUUUCUUCUGCAAACACCAGUAGCCCUUGUCUGUCCUUCCUCCCAGCCUGCAAAAGCAGCUGCCACUGGCACCAAACAUUGCACAGCACUCUGAGUAUCCUCAUUUAUUUUCAGCAUGCUUCCGUGGUAGCUCUGACACACAUCCAGCCACAGGUUUGCCUUUUCAUAGUCUGCAGAAAGCAUAAUAAUAUCUUACAACAUUACUUAACAUUCUCCACAGGCUGACUCUGCAAAUACCUUUCAAUGUGAGCAGUUUAUUAAUGUGAAAUGCAAGAAAUUAUAUACAAAAGUACAAAAAGCUUGAAAGCUCCUAAUUUUUUAACACGUAAAAGACAGGAUGAGGAUAUUUUUCAAGAAGUCAGAYAGCAUAACGUGACUUGCAUAACAGAUCAGAUUAUAAUUUAUAUCUGUGUGUAAUCUUCGAAGUCUAUGAACAUGCUUUGAUGGAUUUUUACAGGGUUUAGACAUGUACACCCCAUUAGACAUGUUCAUGUGGACAGUGACAAAAUUUAAAGUUUGAAUAUYCUCUUUUUCUAAGUUGCUUGUGCAGUUUAAUGUUGGUGUAUCCAUAUCUCAUGAUGCCUAAUAUCAGGAAACACUACAUGCAAAUGUAAUUAGUAGUAAGCAUUUGUUGACAUUUGCAUUAUUCUAUCAGAAUGAUUAAGAAAAACAUGACCACAAACUGUUUGAAUACUUCUAUUACUGCAGUUAGAAUUGGGAAUCUAAAACUAAACUUUWUUUGUGCUUACAUCUACACAUUGAUCUAAUCCCUUGUAUCUCACAAGGAUUUAGAAAAAUGUGCAUUAUAUAUCUCAGUCACAAUCACUGUUUCAAACUAUGACAGAAAUGUGCUAGAACAGGUCCUGCUGCAGGGGUGUGUGACUAAUCUUUUAGUUUUCUAAUCAUACUCUCUUCAUCUCAACUUUCAUAAGAAAGUAUGUUAUGAAAGAAAAGGUUUGUGGAUAUCUUUACRCAUUCAGAGAUGGCAUGCAAAGAAAAAAUGUAUAAAACAAACAAUAUUUACUAAAGGUUUGAACUUUUGCAGGUGGCAAAAGGUCUAGACUUCUAAAUAAUAUGAUUCUGUUGUACUCCAAAGUCCAUCCUCUGACAUUCUGUGCAGGUCAGUUGGAGUCUGUAGGAAUUUGAGGAGACAGCAGUACAUCAGGAGCCUACCAGUGUGUAUCUUGGAAUAAAAAAGAAUUCAAGGUGAAACAUUUGAGAGCAACUUCUGAGAGUAAUUGUACUGGAUUCUUCAGCAGGGUGGAGACUCAAGUCUCAUAUGUAUUCCUGCUUGACUCAGGCAUUUCUAUGUGUAAUGUAAGCUUAGCUUCAGGAGCGAUGACUUUGGUGUUGUCACUGAGCUCUUCAAAACAUGGGAGUUGCAGUCCAAACCUCUUGGGCUAAGAAAGACCUGAAAGUGUUAUUUCCCAUUUCCUAAAACGGUGUUGCAGCUACAAGCUGAGCAAAAGUUGGACACACCCUUUGGUUUUGAACCAGAGUUGAUGUUAUUGAAACAAGUUGUUGCAGAUUAAGUGUGCACGUAACCAGUUCCCACCUGUCUCAUUGGAACGGAACACUGAGAAUGKUCAGGGUCCUCUGCUGACAGUGAGGGAGCUUUGUGCCCCAGAGGAAGGUGCUGGCUGUUUUAGUGCACCUCCAGGGUUCAGGAAGAAAUUCUGAGCUGCUCCCAAGCUUGGCUGCUUAGACCUGCCUGGUGAAGAAUGAAGAGAAUUUAAAAUUUUAAACUGAAUCUGGAAAAACCCCUAUAAAUAGAAUGUAAGAAUUUAAGUAUCAGCUAUCAACAGUCCGGAAACAUGUGGUUUUU